AUGGGGCGCGGCGCGGCCGGGAGCCGGGAGCCCGGAGGCGGCAGGAGGCGGGGGGCGGGCCCGGGCCGCGAGGCGCUUCCUGCCCGCGCCAGCGGCCCCCGGCCCAGGCGCCCCGGCCGGGCUCAGCCGCGCCGCGCAACCCGGGGGCGGGGCGGGGGCGGCUCCGCUGCGGACACGCCCUCGCGCCCCGCCCCCGCCGCGCCCCGCCCGACCGCGCCCCGCCUCCCGGGCCCCCCUCCCGCCCCCGGCUCACCUCCCCAAGCGCCCCGGUCCCCUCCCCCCGGCAGCCCGCCGGCCCCGCCCGGCCCUCCAGCCGUCCGGCCUUCGCUCGCGGGUCGACGGGUCCAGCCGCCCCGCGCCCUCCAGGACUCUCCCGCGCGGCGCCCGCGGCCCGAGGCUCGAGGCUCCCCUUCCCGGCGCUGCCUCCGCCUUCGUCGCUCGUUCCUCUCUCUCCUUCCUCCCUCUUGA